CGCCGCGCCAGCGCCCGCCUCCCCAGCGCGGCUCCGGGGCUGCGGUCCCGCCUUGCAGGGCAGCCCUCCACGCAGGCUCGGGGAUCGUCCGCAGGCGUCCACGCCUCCGUCUCGCAGCCCCGGGCCGGCUCGAGCGUCCUCGUCCCGGAAGCUCCGCCGUCUCGUCUCGCGAGGCUCCGCCGCCCGCCCAGGCCCUCGGCCGUCCCACCGCGGCGUCCGCCCCUGGCGCAACGCGGAGGCCCGGUGGCGCGACGGCCGGAGCCGCGGCCCUGCGCUCCCGCUUGGCCUCCGCCCGCGCCGCCCGUCCGCCGGCCUGCGCUGUCGCGGGGAGCGAGAUGUUCACUCUGCCUCAGAAGGAAUCCAAGGCACCUACCACCUGUCCAGGCCCAGCCUCCACACAGGACCUGGACAGUAACCAUGGGGAUGGUCUGGAAAGAGAAUGCUCUAGAAAACCAGACUGGAAGCUGCCAGAGUUCUGUGGAGUGGGUGAUCCUACCGCCACAGCGUCCUCUGAUAGCUCCCACCUGUCCUCUAGAGGAAGCAUCAUUAAAUGGUUCUGGGACUCAGCUGAGGAGGGCUACCGGACCUACCACAUGGACGAGUAUGAUGAGGAUAAGAACCCCAGUGGCAUCAUUAACAUGGGCACCAGUGAGAACAAACUCUGCUUUGACCUGCUGUCCAGGCGGCUGAGUCAGAGCGACAUGCUGCGGGUGGAGCCAUCUCUGCUGCAGUACCCUGACUGGAGGGGACAUCUGUUCCUCCGGGAGGAAGUAGCCAGAUUCCUCUCUUUCUACUGCAAGAGCCCUGCACCCCUGAAACCAGAGAAUGUGGUGGUUCUGAACGGCUGUGCCUCUCUCUUCUCUGCUCUGGCCACAGUGCUGUGUGAGGUGGGGGAGGCGUUCCUGAUCCCUGCCCCUUACUAUGGAGCCAUCACACAGCACGUCUAUCUCUAUGGCGGCGUCCGACUGGUCUGUGUCUAUCUGGACAGUGAGGUCACUGGGCUGGACACACGCCCCUUCCAGCUCACAGUGGAGAAGCUGGAGAUGGCCCUGCAAAGAGCUAAUUUUGAGGGUGUGAAGGUCAAAGGCCUCAUCCUCAUCAACCCCCAGAACCCUCUGGGUGACAUCUACUCCCCAGGAGAGCUACGGGACUACUUGGAAUUUGCCAAGAGGCACAAGCUGCACGUGAUGGUGGAUGAGGUCUACAUGCUGUCCGUGUUUGAGAAGUCGGCGGGGUACCACAGCGUCCUAAGCCUGGAAGGACCUGCUGACCCUGUGAAGUCCUUUCCAUUGGUUCUCUCGGCUAGUCCUCAUGAGGCCAGGUUGCCUGACCCCCAGAGGACCCAUGUAAUGUGGGCGACCAGCAAGGACUUCGGGAUGUCUGGGCUCCGCUUCGGCACGCUGUACACAGAGAACCGGGACGUGGCCACUGCGGUGGCUUCCCUCUGCCGCUAUCACGGCCUCAGUGGCUUGGUCCAGUACCAGAUGGCACAGCUGCUCGGGGACCGUGACUGGAUCAACCAGGUGUACCUACCUGAGAACCAUGCCCGGCUCAAGGCUGCCCACACCUAUGUCGCAGGAGAGCUCCGGGCCCUGGGGAUCCCCUUCCUCGGCCGUGGGGCAGGCUUCUUCAUCUGGGUUGACCUGAGGAAGUACCUGCCCGAGGCCACCUUUAAGGAGGAAAUGCUGCUUUGGCGCCGCUUUUUGGACAACAAGGUACUGCUGUCCUGUGGCAAAGCCUUCCAGUGUAAAGAGCCUGGCUGGUUCCGCUUGGUCUUCUCGGACAAGGCCCACCGGCUUUGCCUGGGUAAGCGAUCCCACCUCCUCACACACCCUUCGGUCUGCCUUCCCUCCUCCGGUCCCCGCUGUGGCUCCAGCAGCCUCAGCUCGUGCAUCCUGCCGCCCAGCUAUCGGUGCCAAUGCGGCUGUCCCUUCUUCCCAGGGAUGCAGAGGGUCCGGCAGGUGCUGGAGGGCAAAUCCCAGGUGCCAGAUGACCCCGCUUCCUGUCAGAGCCAGGAGUCAGGGAACCAGCACAGUGGUGGUGAGACUCCUCCAGCGGUGCUUUGACUCGGCCCCACCCCCUCUGUUAAACAAGACUGGAAGAAACUAGAAGCGUCGGUUGUAAUUUGCUGAAUGGAGGAGUCGCGACUGCUGCUAACCACAACCCUUAGGACCCACCCCUCCCAGGAUGUGAGAACGAAACGACACGUGCCUUCUUUCUUCCUUCUUCUUUGUUGCCAGGGAAACAAGUUAGAGGAGCAACACAUAUGAGAGAGAAUAUGCCCCCGAAAUAAACAAGAGUGAUAAUCCCCGAA